GUAUUUCAGGUGUUGACGGGUAUCUUUGGAGUUGGGACAAAAACAGCUGACCGAUGGAUCCGAGAGGGGAUAACCAACCUUCAGCAGCUACGAGACUCUGGGCAAACGCUCAACCGCUCGCAGCAAGCAGCGUUGUAUGUUGUGGCGUUGCAGGUUUGGAGCACUACGACGACAUCAACCAGCCAGUGAGCAAGGCAGAGGCUGAUGCCAUCAGGGAGAUCGUGGAAAGAGCCGUGGCGUCUGUGUUACCGGGAGCUCAGACUGUUCUCACUGGAGGAUUCAGAAGAGGGAAGCUAACGGGUCAUGAUGUCGACUUCCUGAUUACUCACCCUGAGGAGGGCUGUGAGGUGGGACUGAUGCCCAAACUGGUCUGCUGGUUGGAGUCACAGGUAUGCUUUUCAUAGUAAGAGUUUCCAGGAAAAUGUUGGAUCAUUUUGAUUGAACGUAUUCAUCAUCCACUUCAAUUUAAUCCAAUUUACUCCUAUAGCGCCACUUUACAAGCGUCAUGUCAACAGACUUUCUAA